AUGGUUUCUAGAGAUGAAGUAUAUCAAGUAGUUUCAACCAUGAGUAGAAUAUUCAGUAAGCUACCAUUCACCAAAGAGAGAUAUAUAUCACCACAUGAAGUAGUAGCUGCAGUAUUCAAUGGUGGUCUUACCAUGAAUGGUUCUGGCUACCUGCAAGAUAAAGAUGAACUUUCACUACCAGAGUUCAUCGAUAGAGGUCUGUUAGAUGCCGAUCUCUCUAGAUGUUUUGGUAUUGGAAACUACUCUCGUUACUUCUUUGUAAAGAGCCGUGAGGAAGCCGACGAUUGGGUUAAUGCCAUUCGUCACUACUCUAGAAUUGGCUAUCGUUUUCAAUCCUUUGCUCAACCACAACCAAACAAUACUUGCCAGUGGUUCGUCAACGGUGUUAAUUACUACCGUGAGUUGGCCAAGGCUAUUGAAUCUGCUCAGUAUGAGAUCUUGUUGACCGGUUGGUGGGUUUGGCCGUAUGUCAUCUUGGACCGUGACACUCCAGAGAGAAUGCUCGCUACCAGACUUGACAGACUGCUCACCAAGAAAGCCAAGGACGGUGUAAAGGUCCAUGUUUUAAUGUGGAAUGAGACCAAUGUCGGUGUACAGCUCGGUACUAAACACGCCAGUAAGUGGCUGGAGAAUUGUCAUCCAAACAUCCAGGUUAUUAGACAUCCCAAGAUCUACCCACUUUCGUGGUCGCAUCAUCAAAAGAGUGUCAUCAUCGAUCAGCUCGUCGGAUUUGUCGGUGGUAUCGAUAUCUGUUUCAUGAGAUACGAAACCGAUGAUUUCCCAUUGAUCGACUUGGAUAGCAAGCUCUUCCCAGGCAAAGACUAUGGUAACAUUUGUUCAACGGUAAUUAGAACUGGUAAUCCACAUAAGGAUCAACUCAACCGUCAUGAAGUUCCAAGAAUGCCUUGGCAUGAUGUACAUAUCAAGGUGGUUGGACUAUCAGCCAAGGAUUUGGCAGCCAAUUUCAUCCAACGUUGGAAUCAUGCCAAGACCAGUGACAAACAUUCCAAUUGGGGAAAGGAUGUGCUCUUGCCAAAGGACUAUCUGAAGGAGCACCAAAAGACACAUCCAAACGGUUUCUUUAAUGCUCUGUCGGACUUGAAGAGAAACGUGACAAACAUUGGUUAUGGUACCGAGAGAAGAACUAUCUAUCAUAGACCGGUCGACAAUCCAGAGGUUAGAAAGCAUGCAGCCGACCAAGCCAAGAAAUAUAUUAAUCCCAUUGACAACUCUAUUGGUUACGAUGGUAUCUCAUUCAAUGAAAUCGAAGCGGAAGACGACGACAAUAGCUCUGAGAUCGAUAACACUCCAGUCAAUGUUAGCACACCAGCAUCAAUCACCAAGAAUGCUAAUGUUCCGGAAUGUCUAGUGCAAAUCGUUCGAUCUGCUUGUCUUUGGUCUGUUGGAGCUGAUACUGAGUCAUCUUGUUACAAAGCCUAUAUUACCACGAUCAGAAAUGCCAAGCAUUUCGUUUACAUUCAGAAUCUGUUCUUUGUAUCUUCUUGUGGUGCCAGACUACCCAAAAACCGUAUUGCUUUGGCUUUGCUACAGAGAAUUAGACAUGCCAUCAUCAACAAGACAAACUUUAAGGUUAUUGUAGUCACCAGUAUCAAUGCUGGAGGUGACGUUAGAGAUCCUGCAGCAAGAGUAGUCAUUGGAUGGACACAAAGAACAAUCAACAAGGGUGGUCAAUCAAUUGUCGAGCUCCUACAGAAGGAAUUCCCAGACGUCGAUCUAUCGCAAUACUUUGGUGUAUACUCUCUAAGAAAGUGGGAGACAUGCUUUGACAGAGUCUAUACCGAGCAAAUCUAUAUCCAUUCUAAAGUGUUGAUCGCCGAUGACAAGGUAGCAAUCAUUGGAAGCUGCAAUAUUAAUGAUCGUUCAAUGAUGGGUGUCAGAGAUUCAGAGUUGGCUGCCGUCGUUACAGAUUCCAGUAUGGUCGAGACAAGAAUGGAUGGAAGAGAUUUCAUGGCCGGUGAGUUCUCUCGAUCAUUGAGAAUGUCUCUCUGGAAACUUCAUUUAGGUUUGAGUGACUCUGAGGUCACUUCAAUCAUAGAUCCUGUCGCUUCCUAUGAAAAGGUAUGGGUACCAACCGCAAAGAACAAUACUUUAGUCUACAAAGAUGCAUUUGGAGAUUUUAUUCCAGAGAAUCAAGUCAGACUCCCACUCCCAGAUGAUCCAUGUCUUAGAUACGUUGCAAAGAGAGACGAGCUACUCAAUACUCUCAGUAGAACUAAAGGAUUUGUAGUUGAAUAUCCAUUGAAUAUGUACAGUGAAAGCAACCUGCUCUCAACAAAUUUAUUAACACCAGAACAUUAUUAUUGGGGUAUGGAGGAGAGACAAACAGACUAUUGGCUUAUCGAAGAAGGUGAUUACUUAAAGUUUGUACCUGAGAUACCUUUGUCUGAGGGUUACUAUGAUUUUUCAAAAGCACCAGUCAUUAGGAAUGAAGGAAUGACAUAUGGUACUUUCUUUUUUGAAUGUGCAAAGAGUGGAACUCAAAAUGUUCGUAAUGGAACUCCAACUAGUUUUACCCAAGUUACAUCUCAACCAUUUUAUGAUGGACACCCGUUUGUAGCAGAUUCAAAGUAUUUCAGGAAUGGAAAUAAUCUAAACAAAAGUCCUGCGAUUUUUAGAAUAGAGUUUGGUGGAAUAAUUCAUGAUAAUACUACCAAUUGCGUUUUUGGAAAUAUUGAUGGUUGGGCCGGUCCUGUCACAGAGCAAACUGUUUACAGAGAGGUGCCAAUCUUAAUUCAUGUUGCGCCAAAUGUUACCAAGGAUGGGUUAUUUUAUGAUCCUGGAUCAAGAAUUUACGGUUACAACGGUUAUAACUACCCUGAAUACAAUGGUCAGAAUAAUAACAAGAUGGCAUCCAUAAAACCAGUUUUGAAUGCCAAUGAGCAAAUGAUGGUACAAUCAUUCGCCACUCAGUAUCAAGCUUGUCUUGCCAAUUGUGAUUUAAAUAGAGAUAACAAUAUUGAUAAGAAUGAAUUGAUUCAAAUUUUGGUUCGUUCCAAUACUCCAUAUGAUCAAGCUCUUAAUUCAGUAAACAAGAUAUUCCAAACAUUGGAUGUUGAUAAUAAUGGUGUUAUAAACUUCCAAGAUAUUAUUAUUUAUAAUAAUACCUCACAACAACCACAACAACCACAACAACCUGGUACAGUAUCAUGGGAGGCUUACAACAGAGCAAAUGGAUACCCUGCUGACUAUAGAGGUGGAGCAACACCACAACCAGCUCAACAACCACAGCAAUCCCAACAGCAAAAUCUCCAAGGUCAACUACAACCAUACAAUGGAAUGCAAUUUCAAGGUUUCCCAAUCUUUAAGAAAGGUCAAUUAGAAGAAUAUUAUGCAAUGGUUAAUGGUGCAUACAAACAAAUCAAUUGGUUAAGAGACAAUUUUGGUGGAGGCCAAUGGGUUAAAGUUGGUUGGGUUUUUAUUUAA